CUCAGAAGUGUCAGUCAAGUGUCAAUCCAUGCCCUACAUGGUGGAAAACUACAUGGUCAAAACCAAUGAGAACUACAAUUCCCAGAAUGCCAAUGGAAAAUGGCCGCCAAAUUACUGGUUUGAAGGACAAACAGCAAGCUGCCACAACCGCAAGUUCGACUCUACAAGUUUCUCCGAACACACCAAAGACUCCAGAGUCCUGCAGGGAACUCCAUCACUCCUCCGCUCUUUCCUACCGGAGCCGCCGCGUCGGUUUUGCAUGCCAAGAAGCUUCUUUUUGUUCCAACCCUCGCCUGGGAUGUGGAACCUGCACCACGUGGGUUCUAACCUUCACCAUAUGGGUUCUAAGCUUCACCACAUGGGUAUGCACCUCGUUCUCCUCACCUCGCUGCUGGGAGUCCUCCUUGCUCAAGGAGUGCAGCAGAUCUCCAUUGACGACUGCUGCAAGGAUGGCCAGAAGCAUGCCGGCGAUAAAGAAGACUGUGCGACCCUCCCGCUCAUCUCCGAGUCGCCGACGUGCAGGACGGUGCAGGAGCAGUGUUGCGUGGCCGUGCUGGAGGACAACAUGUGCACCACAGGCAUCACCAUGGCCAAGGACCAAGGAGCGUGCGACUCUUUGUUCUCCAACACCUGUGAGACAAAGACAACCAAGAUGUGCUGCGACUGCUGCCUCCUGGGCAAGACGGGCCAGGAGCAGGGACUGCCGUGCGACCACAGCCUGGCUCUGGGGUACCAGUGCGGCCUGGUGUACCGGGCUUGUUGCGUGGACGGAGCGCCAGACAACCAGACCGCCGCGACCACGGGGAAUUCCGAACUGCCAAUCAAAGACGAGACCCCAGACAACAAAGACAAUUCCGUGCUGGUAGAUCAGUGCAAUGGCAAGUGUGCUCACCUUUGUGUGAGUAACGAGACGUGCGCCUGCUUCAAAGGCUACAAACUCAAGCCGAAUGGAAAGACCUGCGAGGACAUUAACGAGUGCUUACUGGGAGCCAGCAACUGUCGAGGGGGCGAGCGCUGCAUCAACACGGAGGGCUCCUUCCGCUGCCAGAGGGAGGUCAGCUGCGGCACCGGCUACGAACUGACGGACGACAACAACUGCAUAGAUAUUGACGAGUGCGAAACAGGCAUCCAUAACUGUGGUCCAGAGUUCCAGUGCCAAAACACUCAGGGGUCAUUCCGUUGUCUCCCCAAGGUCCAGUGUGGCGCAGGUUUCAUCCAGGAUGCUCUGGGAAAAUGCAUUGAUAUCAACGAGUGUGUGAGCCAGACGGGUCCGUGCCAAAGAGGUCAGCUGUGCAUCAACACCGCCGGCUCGUACGUCUGCCGGAAGAACUCGGUCAACUGUGGGCGGGGCUACCACCUCAACGAGGAAGGCACACGCUGUGUCGACAUCGACGAGUGCAAAGGCCCCGAUCAGGUGUGCUCGGGUCACGGCUGCGUCAACACCAUGGGCUCCUACCACUGCGAGUGUGACGGCGGCUACAACUUCAACAGCAUCAGUCGCCUCUGCGAGGAUAUCAACGAAUGCAGGCACUACCCCGGACGCCUGUGCGCUCACAAGUGCGACAACACACCUGGAUCCUACAAGUGCAGCUGCACCACCGGCUUCAAGCUGGCACGGGACGGCAGGAACUGUGAAGAUCUCAACGAGUGUGAAAGCAACCCGUGCAGUCAGGAAUGCGCCAACGUGUACGGCUCCUACCAGUGCUACUGUCGCCGUGGCUACCAGCUCAGCGACAUCGAUGGAGUGACGUGUGAAGAUAUCGACGAAUGCGCUCUUCCCACCGGCGGCCACAUCUGCUCCUACCGGUGCCACAACACUCCUGGAAACUUCCACUGCUCCUGUCCUCUCAGCGGCUACACUUUGGCGCCCAACGGCCGCAGCUGCCAAGAUGUUGAUGAAUGUGUGACCGCGACGCACACCUGCUUGGAAAACCAGAGAUGCUUCAACGUGCAGGGGGGAUUCCGCUGUCUGUCCUUUGAAUGUCCCGCCAACUACCGCCGCGUCAGCGAAACUCGAUGUGAACGCUUGCUUUGCAAUGAGUCUGUCGAGUGCCCGGCCAUGCCGCUGAGAAUAACCUACUACUACCUCACCUUCCCCACCAACAUCCCCGUCUUCACCAACAUCUUCCGCAUGGGCCCCUCCCACACGGUGCCGGGCGACGAGGUGGACAUCGCCAUCACGUCGGGCGACCAGGGCGGCUUCUUCAAGGCGGAGCGGGUGGCCAACGGCGGCGUCAUGUCCGUGGCCAGGCUCAUCGCCGGCCCGCGGGACUUUGAUCUGUCGGUGGAACUCAGCCUGCGUCGCUACGGCACGCUCAGCACGUACUUGGCCAAGGUCAUGGUGUUUGUCAUGCAGGACGAGCCGCCCGUCGCUUAUAACCCUCUUCUGGAAUAAAUCCGAGGGGCCGCUAGCCAUGUGUUAUCUUUCCUGCACACGGUCGUGGCGUGAACGCACUCAAACACGGCGUGAGACUCGAGUCGUAGGAUUACCUAAAAAAGUCAUAAAGUGACAAGAAAAAGUUAGCAUUAAAUAAAAAAAGAAUAAAGUUUUCGUGUCACGUGAAUAAAGAAAUCACGUGAUGUUGGAAAAAAAUAAGGAUGAAUCUGCGAUUUUAUGAACCUACGUCAGAAAAUUAUAAAAAAAUAUGUCAUUGUACUAAUGUAUUUUUCGGAGUAUACAGUAAGUCGCUCCAGAGUACCGUAUUUCCUUGAAUUGCCGCCGGGGCGCUAAUUAUUUUAAAACCUCUUCUCACUCCGGCACUUACCAAAGACAUGGGGUAAAUUUAGGCCUGCGCUUAUAAAUUUGAGUGUGAUGUAAGGAUACCAUCAUGAAAAGCACAUUUAAUAAAAAAAAAACGUUGUUAUGGUCUUACUUUUACUUAUAAAUGAAGUCCAUGCGCAGCUCCUUCUGGUCAAAAGCAUCGAUAACUUGUUUAUAGAAGUCUUCCUUAUCUUUCUUCAGUUUUAAAAGUCUGUCUCGAUGGAGAUCUUCCUUUAUAACCUGCUUCGAUUGAAAGUCCAGUUUAGAAAACUUUUUUAUUUUAGAUAUGUAAUCCUCCAUGUUAAAAGUGCAAGCGAGAGGAAAAAAUAAAACGAUCGCUGCCCACUCUUGCUGCCUGUUGUCACUUCUUCUGCAGCCGAGUAGUCGCAAGAAGGAUCACUAGUGCCCUCUACCACCAGGAGGCGGGAGUCAUUUAAUGACUCAUAUUUGACACACGCAGCUACGGUAUAUUAAUAAAACAUAGCUGCUUACUGUUCUUUUUAGCAUAUUCAAUAGCUUGGACCUUAAAUCCUACUGAAUAGCUCUUAAUCUUCUUCCCUUUAUGCGAUUUCAAAUUAUUGAAAUCAGCCUCCUCCAUUUUGAAAAUGAUGACAGGUGAAGUGUCACUCGUAACGUGACGAGUUUCACCCGGUGGAAAUUCUAGGCAUAUGCUAAUUAUUUGGCGAAACGAGUUUGACCCGGUGGAUAUUCUAGACAUGCGCUAAUAAAAAUAUUAGUAAUUCUAGGCAGGCGCAUACAUACUAUAUACCCAGCGGCAAUUCAAGGAAAUACGGCAAUAAAGAAGGAAAGAAACAUAUAUAAAUCGCACUGGAGUAUAAGUCGCAAUUUUGGGGGAAAUUUAUUUGAUAAAACCUAACACCAAGAAUAGACAAUUGAAAGGCAAUUUAAAAUAAAUAAAGAAUAGUGAACAACAGGCUGAAUAAGUGUACGUUAUAUGAGGCAUAAAUAACCAACUGAGAAGGUGCCUGGUAUGUUAACGUAACAUAUUAUGGUAAGAGUCAUUCAAAUAACUAUAACAUAUAGAACAUGCGUUUACCAAACAAUUCGUCACUCCUAAUCGUGUAAAUCCCAUGAAAUCUUAUACGUCUAGUCUCUUACGGGAAUAAGCUAAAUAAUAUUUUUUGAUAUUUUACGGUAAUGUGUUAAUAAUUUCACACAUAAGUCGCUCCUGAGUAUAAGUCGUACCCCUUGCCAAACAAUGAAAAAAACAGCGACUUGUAUCCGAAAAAUACAGUAGAUCAGGGGUAGGGAACCUAUGACUCUCGAGCCAGAUGUGGCUCUUUUGAUGACCGCAUCUGGCUCUCAGAUAAAUCUUAGCUGACGUUGCUCAACACGAUAAGUAAUGAAUAAUUCCGCUGGUAAUCACAGUGUCAAAAAUAACGUUCAAAAUACAAAACAUUCUCAUGCAUUUUAAUCCAUCCCUCCAUCCGUUUCUAUCACACCUCUUCAAGAAUUCGCAUUAAUGGUCAAAAUGUUGUUUAUUAUUGGUUAACUUCAGAUUAACAAUGUUAUUAAAAAAGAAUAAGAGAUGCACAUUUUAGUUGUUGUAAUCACGGAAAGUCCAAAUCCAAAAUCAGGCUUUGGUCCACAUCCUGAAAUAAAGCUCUGCCGGCUACAAGAACGUUAUCAUGUUGUGUUUCUAAAGCAAGUAGCUUUAACCUAGCAUGCUGUAGCUGUUCAAAUGUGAGCCUAAUGUUAGCACCUUAGCUCACAAAGCUAUGUUAGUAAUGCUAAAUGCCACCUUGUUGUAAUGGGUUAGGUUACUUUAUUUGUUAUGGUUGAAGGAGGGAGUUGUGACGGCACAGAACCACGAGGGGGCAAUAUUGCUCUCUCUCUCUCGCGAUAUAUAUAUAUAUAUAUAUAUAUAUAUAUAUAUAUAUACAUAUAUAUAUAUAUAUAUAUAUAAUAACAAGGCCUAGGGUUACGAGAAUGAAAAUGUUAAUAAAAGUUUGAAAAAAAAGUCAAGCAAGUACCAAUAUUUUUUUUUAAAACAAAGUAGAUCCCCGCAUAUUUGUGCUUUGACAUUUGCACGCCCACAUAUUUCUUUUAUGCUUUCAAUUGUAAAUACUUAUUGUUAACAGGAAGCAUUUUGAUGGCGCUAUCUGCAGGACAAAAUAAAAAGUGUCAUUUAGCAGAAAAAUGCGUUUAAAAGACCUAAUGUAUGAAUAGAAUAGAAUAAAAAUGGACAUUAUUGUCAUUAUAUUAGAUAGAUAGUACUUUUUUAAAUCCUUCAGGAGAGUUCCUUACAGGACGGGGUGGUAUAGCUCGGUUGGUAGAGUGGCAGUGCCAGCAACUUGAGGGUUCCAGGUUCGAUCCCCGCUUCUGCCGUUGUGUCCUUGGGCAAGACGCUUUACCCAGUGCCACCCACUUUGCUUUAAAUGGAACUUAAAUAUUGGCUUUCACUAUAUAAAAGCGCUUUGAGUCACUAGAGAAAAGCGCUAUAUAAAUAUAAUUCACUUCUUCCUUCAGGAAGAUUCAAAUGUAUUUGCAAUGAAAAUUGUAUGCAAAAUAUGAACAACUGAGUGUUAAAUGCAAAUAAUAUAUUAUUUGCAUUUAACGGGAUUAAAGACUCCAACUUAAGGUGCAGUAGUGGAAACAAAUAUGGAAUAAAAAUAAAUCACAUAAGUAAUAAAGAUGAAAUUUAAGAAUUGAAAUAAACAGACUACUAUCCAAUAAAAGCAAUAAGCAAUCCUGUGCAAUAUACAAAAAACUGUGCAAUAUACAGAUUAUGUUUUAUAUCCCGUACAACUGAAUUUAAAAGCACAUUAUACGAUUUAGAAUAAAAAACAUAUGAUAUGGACACAUUAAAAAAAAACACUGUGCCGCGGCACACUAGUGUACCAUGAGAUACAGUCUGGUGUGCCGUGGGAGAUUAUCUAAUUUCAUCUUUUUGGGUUAAAAAUAUUUUUUGUAAAGCAGUAAUUUUAGUCUGCAAAUUAUGUGUUAUUGUUGAGUGUCUGUGCUGUCUAGAGCUGGGCAGAGUAACCGUGUAAUACUCUUCCAUAUCAGUAGGUGGCAACCGGUAGCUAAAAUGCUUUGUAGAUGUGGGAAACAGCGGGAGGCAGGGUGCAGGUAAAAAAGGUGUCUAAUUCUUAAACCAAAAAUAAACAAAAGAUGAAGGCCCCUAAGAAAAGGCAUUGAAGCUUAGGGAAGGCUAUGCAGAACCAAACUAAAACUGAACUGGCUGCAAAGUAAACAAAAACGGGAUGCUGGACGACAGCAAAGACUUACUGUGGAGCAAACACAAAGUACAUCCGAACAUGGCAUGACAAUCAACAAUGUCCACACAAAGAAGGAUAAAAACAACUGAAAUAUUCUUGAUUGCUAAAACAAAGUAGGUGCAGGGAAUAUCGCUCAAAGGAAGAUAUGAAACUACUACAGGAAAAUACCAAAAAAAGAGAAAAGGCCACCAAAACCGUGGGUGAUUCUCUAAUUUCACCUAUUUGGGUUAAAAAUAUUUUUUGCAAAGCAAUAGUUAUAGUCUGCAAAUGAUGUGUUGUUGUUGAGUGUCGGUGCUGUCUGGAGCUCGGCAGAGUAACCGUGUAAUACUCUUCCAUAUCAGUAGGUGGCAGCCGGUAGCUAAUUGCUUUGUAGAUGUGGGAAACAGCGGGAGGCAGGGUGCAGGUAAAAAUGUGUUUCAUGCUUAAACCAAAAAGUGAUAAGUCCGCAAAGAAAAGGCAGUGAGCCUUAGGGAAGGCUAUGCAGAACCAAACUAAAACUGAACUGGCUGUAAAGUAAAGAAAAACAGAAUGCUGGACGACAGCAAAGACUUAAGCGUGUGGAGGACAGAUGGCGUCCACAAAGUACAUCUGAACAUGAUAUGACAAUCAACAAUUUCCCCACGAAGAAGGAUAAAAACAAGUGAAAUAUUCUUGAUUGCUAAAACAAAGUAGAUGCUCAAAGGAAGACAUGAAACUGCUACAGGAAAAUACAGAAAAAAUAAAAAAAGCCACCAAAAUAGGAGCGCAAGACAAGAAGUAAAACACUACACAGGAAAACAGCAAACAACUCUAAAUAAAUGACAAUACACCUACUUUGAGACAAGAGCUAUAUUGAUGCAUGCUUGCUUAUGCUUUAAAUUCAUAUCCAACAAUUGCGACUUUUUACUGUCCACUGAGUUUCGUUUUUUAAUGAUUUCUGCUGGUGGUGUGUCUGCAUUUUUUCAACGCAAAAAGUGUGCUUUGGCUCAAAAAAGGUUGAAAAAUGCUGGUCUAAAAUUUCGAUUAUAAACAUUAUAAAAGCAUUUUAGAGGUUUUUAUGACUGUUUUUUUUUAGCAAAAUUUUGAGUCAACAUCUAUGAAUAGGUGGGAUUUACUGUAUUACUAUAAUAACGUGCUAAUGGUAAAAAAAAUAUAUUCUAAGAGAAUAAACUUUUAAUUUAAUAGAGAUGAGGGUGUAGAAUUACACAAAGUUGUGAUAUGAGAAAUGUGCAGGAAAAAAGUGGUAUACUACUAAAAAAGUGGUAUUUUUGAUGGUCUAAACUUUAGCAUUAUAAAGGCAUUUUAGAGGUUUUUAUGUUUUUUUUUAGCAAAAUUUCGAGUCAACAGCUACGAAUAGGUAGGCCUGCGAGGAGAUGGCGACUUGUCCAGGGUGUACUUCGCCUUCCGCCCGAUUGUAGCUGAGAUCGGCUCCAGUGCCCCCCGAUUGCCCCAAAAGGGAAUAAGCGGUAGAAAAAUGGAUGGAUGGAUGGAGCUACGAAUAAGUGGGAUUUACUUUAAUUCUAUAAUAACUUGUUAAAUGGUAAAAAAAAAUGGAGAAUAAACUUUUAAUUUAAUAGAAAUAAGUGUGUAGAAUCACACAAAGUUGUGUUAUGAGAAAUGUGCAGGAAAAAAAUGGUAUACCACUAAAAAAAAAAUAUGUUUUUGAUAGUCUAAACUUUAGAUUCUAAACAUUAUAAAAGCAUUUUAGAGGUUUCUAUGGGUGUUUUUUUUUAAGCAACAUUUUGUGUCAACGUCUACAAAAAGGUGGAAUUUAUUGUAUUUCUAUAGUAACGUGUUAAUGGUAAAAAAUAGAGAAUAAACGUUUAAUUUAAUAGAGAUAAGGGUGUAGAAUCACACAAAGUUGUGAUAUGAGAAAUGUGCAGGAAAAAAGUGGUAUUUUUUGAUAGUCUAAACUUUAGAUUCCAAACAUUAUAAAAAGCAUUUUAAAGGUUUUUAUGGGUGUUUUUUUUUAGCUAAAUUUUGAGUCAACAUCUACGAAUAGGUGGGAUUUACUGUAUUUUUAUAAUAACGUGUUAAUGGUAAAAAAUAGAGAAUUAACUUUUAAUUUAAUAGAGAUAAAUGUGUGGAAUCACACAAAGUUGUGAUAUGAGAAAUGUGCAGGAAAAAUUGGUAUUUUUUGAUGGUCUAAACUUUAGAUUCUAAACAUUAUUCAAGCAUUUUAGAGGUUUUUAUGGGUGUUUUUUUUAGCAAAAUUUUGAUUCAACAUCUUCAAAAAGGUGGGAUUUAUUGUAUUUCUAUAGUAACGUGUUAAAUGGUAAAAAAAAUAGAGAAUAAACUUUUAAUUUAAUAGAAAUAAGGGUGUAGAAUCUCACAAAAUUGUGAUAUGAGAAAUGUGCAGGAAAAAAGUGAUAUUUUUUCAUAGUCUAAACUUUAGAUUCGAAACAUUAUAAAAGCAUUUUAGAGGUUUUAAUUGGUGUUUUUUUUAGUAAAAUUUUGAGUCAACAUCUACGAGUAGUUGGGAUGUACUGUAUUUCUUUAAUAACGUGUUAAAUGGUAAAAAAAGAAAACAAACUUUUAAUUUAAUAGAGAUGAGGGUGUAGAAUCACACAAAAUUGUGAUAUGAUAAAUGUGCAAGAAAAAAGUGGUAUACUACUAAAAAAGAGGUGUUUUUUGAUAGUUUAAACUUAAGAUUCUAAACAUAAAGGAAUUUUAGAGGUUUUUAUGGGUGUUUUUCAGCAAAAGUUUGAGUCAACAUCUACGAAUAGGUGGGAUUUAUUGUCUUUUUAUAAUAACGUGUUAAUGGUAAACGAUAAUAGAGAAUACACUUUUAAUUUAAUAGAGAUAAGGGUGUAGAAUCACACAAAGUUGUGAUAUGAGAAAUGUGCAGGAAAAAAGUGGUAUACUACUAAAAAAGUGGUAUACUACUAAAAAAGUGGUACUUUUUGAUAGUCUAAACUUUAGAUUGUAAACAUUAUAAAAGCAUUUUUGAAGUUUUUAUGGGUCUUUUUUUUUUAGCAACAUUUUGAGUCAACAUCUACAAAAAGGUGGGAUUUAUUGUAUUUCUAUAAUAACGUGUUAAUGGUAAAAAAGAUAGAGGAUAAACUUUUAAUUUAAUAGAAAUAAGGGUGUAGAAACACACAAAGUUGUGGUAUGAGAAAUGUCCCGGAAAAAAGUGGUAUUUUUUGAUAGUCUAAACUUUAGAUCUUAUACAUUGUAAAAGCAUUUUAGAGGUUUCUAUGGGUUUUUUUUUUUUUAGCAAAAUUUUGAGUCAACAUCUACAAAAAGGUGGGAUUUAUUGUAUUUCUAUAAUAACGUGUUAAUGGUAAAAAUAGAGAAUAAACUUUUAAUUUAAUAGAGAUAAAGGUGUAGAAACACACAAAGUUGUGAUAUGAGAAAUGUGCAGGAAAAAAGUGGUAUUUUUUGAUAGUCUAAACUUUAGAUCUUAUACAUUGUAAAAGCAUUUUAGAGGUUUUUAUGUUUUGUUUUUUUUUUAGCAAAAUUUUGAGUCAACAUCUACAAAAAGGUGGGAUUUAUUUUAUUUCUAUAAUAACGUGUUAAUGGUAAAAAUAGAGAAUAAACUUUUAAUUUAAUAGAAAUAAGUGUGUAGAAUCACACAAAGUUGUGUUAUGAGAAAUGUGCAGGAAAAAAAUGGUAUACCACUAAAAAAAAAAUAUGUUUUUGAUAGUCUAAACUUUAGAUUCUAAACAUUAUAAAAGCAUUUUAGAGGUUUUUAUGGGUGUUUUUUUUUAAGCAACAUUUUGUGUCAACGUCUACAAAAAGGUGGAAUUUAUUGUAUUUCUAUAGUAACGUGUUAAUGGUAAAAAAUAGAGAAUAAACGUUUAAUUUAAUAGAGAUAAGGGUGUAGAAUCACACAAAGUUGUGAUAUGAGAAAUGUGCAGGAAAAAAGUGGUAUUUUUUGAUAGUCUAAACUUUAGAUUCCAAACAUUAUAAAAAGCAUUUUAAAGGUUUUUAUGGGUGUUUUUUUUAGCUAAAUUUUGAGUCAACAUCUACGAAUAGGUGGGAUUUACUGUAUUUUUAUAAUAACGUGUUAAUGGUAAAAAAUAGAGAAUUAACUUUUAAUUUAAUAGAGAUAAAUGUGUGGAAUCACACAAAGUUGUGAUAUGAGAAAUGUGCAGGAAAAAUUGGUAUUUUUUGAUUGUCUAAACUUUAGAAUCUAAACAUUGUAAAAGCAUUUUAGAGGUUUUUAUGGGUGUUUUUUUUUUCAGUAAAAUUUUGGGUCAACAUCUACAAGUAGUUGGGAUUUAUUGUAUUUCUUUAAUAACGUGUUAAAUGGUAAAAAAAAUAGAGAAUAAACUUUUAAUUUAAUAGAAAUAAGGGUGUAGAAUCACACAAAGUUGUGAUAUGAGAAAUGUGCAGGAAAAAAGUGAUAUUUUUUCAUAGUCUAAACUUUUGGUUCGAAACAUUAUAAAAGCAUUUUAGAGGUUUUAAUGGGUGUUUUUUUUAGUAAAAUUUUGAGUCAACAUCUACAAGUAGUUGGGAUUUAUUGUAUUUCUUUAAAAACGUGUUAAAUGGUAAAAAAAAAAAGAGAACAAAUUUUAAUUUAAUAGAGAUGAGGGUGUAGAAUCACACAAAAUUGUGAUAUGAGAAAUGUGCAAGAAAAAAGUGGUAUACUACUAAAAAAGAGGUAUUUUUUGAUAGUCUAAACUUAAGAUUCUAAACAUAAAGGAAUUUUAGAGGUUUUUAUGGGUGUUUUUCAGCAAAAGUUUGAGUCAACAUCUACGAAUAGGUGGGAUUCAUUGUCCUUCUAUAAUAACGUGUUAAUGGUAAACGAUAAUAGAGAAUACACUUUUAAUUUAAUAGAAAUAAGGGUGUAGAAUCACACAAAGUUGUGAUAUGAGAAAUGUUCAGGAAAAAAGUGGUAUACUACUAAAAAAGUGGUAAUUUUUGAUAGUCUAAACUUUAGAUUGUAAACAUUAUAAAAGCAUUUUUGAAGUUUUAUGGGUCUUUUUUUUUUAGCAAAAUUUUGUGUCAAUGUCUACAAAAAGGUGGGAUUUAUUGUAUUUCUAUAGUAACGUGUUAAUGGUAAAAAAUAGAGAAUAAACUUUUAAUUUAUUGGGGUAAGGGUGUAGAAAAACACAAAGUUGUGAUAAGAGAAAUGUGCAGGAAAAAAGUGGUAUUUUUUGUUAGUCUAAACUUUAGAUUCUAAACAUUACAAAAGCAUUUUAGAGGUUUUUAUGGGUGUUUUUUUUUUUUUUUAGCAAAAUUUUGAGUCAACAUCUACAAAAAGGUGGGAUUUAAUGUAUUUGUAUAAUAACGUGUUAAUGGUAAAAAAUAGAGAAUAAACUUUUAAUUUAAUAGAGAUAAGGGUGUAGAAAAACACAAAAUUGUGAUAUGAGAAAUGUGCAGGAAAAAAGUGGUAUUUUUUGAUAGUCUAAACUUUAGAUUCUAAACAUUAUAAAAGCAUUUUAGAGGUUUUUAUGGGUGUUUUUCUUAGCAAAAUUUUGAGUCAACAUCUACAAAUAGGUGGAAUUUACUGUAUUUGUAUAAUAACAUGUUAAUGGUGAAAAAAUAGACAAUUAACUUUUAAUUUAAUAGAGAUAAAUGGGUAGAAUCACACAAAGUUGUGAUAUGAGAAAUGUCUGAAUGUCAUUUUGUGUGAAUAGUCACGUUUAACAGGAAUAAAGUUGUGCGAGGGAUCUCGAAAUUGACGAGAAAACUGAACAAUUUUUGAAUAUUUUACAAAAAUAAUCAUUAUACAAAAGUGAUAACUACACUGCACAUGUGUGGUAAGUUGUGAUCAAUUAGAAUAGUCCUCAUUUUGUUCAUAUUUACCCCCAAAAAAGACACUUAAUUUAAAAUGUCAGAAAAAGUUACUGUUUUAUUAAGAUACAGUUUUAUCAUUUGAAUAAACUUGCGUAUUGAUGGGGGAAAAAAUGUCAUAACACUACAAAAAGUCAUUUUACAGGAAUAUUUUAUGAUAAUAAAAGAAGCCAACAUUUUUAUGCGUAUAUAUUUUUACCAAAAGACAUGGUGUGCAUGUGCAGCCUCCCCUGCAAGGAAGAUAACUCUGCUGCUUUUCUUUAGUGGCCGCUAGGUAGCGCAACAGGUCAGGGUAAUCCCUCCAUGAUUUGCAACAUGGAGUACUUGGAUAGUUAGUUGCUUGCAUGUGAUGAUUUAUUCUGCUUGAUGCUUUGUGUGUUGGCUGAGCACUUUUCCAAUAAAAGAGGAAUAAGGCAGGCAAA